CAUUUGCUUGAAAAUAACUUUUUCCGCUAUAUGACACGUUGGUAAAUAGAAUUUAAUCUGUAGUAAAAGUGCCAAGAUACGCGUCAUGAAACUUAUACUGGUAUUUCUUGGGGUGACUUGUGCUUGUGGAAGCACUUUGAAUAUACCAGAUCUUUCUCCUCUGGCAAAAGUUAAAGAAAUAGUUGUACCAAUUAACAGAAUUCCGAUUGAUGAAGAAUCACACAUACUGAAAAUUCCACCUAAGCAAAAAUUCCCAGGAUCUACAGCUGCAGCGCUGUUACCUGCACUUAAACCUACUAUGGAUAUCAACAUUGAAGAGGCUAAAAUAAAUCCUCCAAGUAGACCAGAAAUUGGAGCACUUAAAAUUAUUUCCCUUGGAAAAAGGUCUUACAAGCAAAAUGAUGCAGAUGUCCCUGCAGAUAAAUCAAAUGAAAUUUUGCCAGAAACUGAUGCUGAGGCUUUCCAAAAUGCCAAUUGUGAUGCAUUCGCAGGAGAAACCGCUAAAAAUGAAGUUUCUGAUAAAAAACUCGCUGAACAGGCAACUAAUAUUUCCAAGAAGUAUUCUCUGAUUAGCGAAGACGCAACGGAAGAUCCCGUAGGUACAGUUACUGAAAUUAUUACAUCAGGAAAAACACUCCUAGACAAAUUUUUGCCUGAGGAGGUAAUCAAUGAACACGUUUAUAAAUCAAAUUCAGAUGAAUCUGCAACUGAACUAACAACUGAAUCAAUAAAAGAAACUACCAAAAAUGGAUUUUCUAAUAAAGCAGAGGAUUAUGUAGCUACAAUAGAAAAUACAAGAAAAGGAGAAACUUCAGGAGAAUCUCACUCAGUAAAGAGGGUAGAAUCUACGUCUGAAUCUUCAACUAAAAUGGAAAAGGUGGUAGCAUCUGUAGAAAGAUCUGGUAUGUCUGUAGCAACUAAAAAGAGUAUUAAGGAUGAAGCGAUUGCUCAAAUCCAAGAAGCACAAGACGACCUGAGGUUUGGUGUAACUUCUCCCAGAAGGGUAACACAUGGCAGAGGAAAAUGGGUCCAUAUUCCAUCUGGAAUGCUGUUUGCAAUUGGACCACAACACAUAUACGUAGGUUUUGCAGGUGAAGAGUUGAACAAAGAGCCAAAUCAUAAGUCAGUACCACCAAUUCGUGACUCAGGACCUAGGGAAAGAAAUGGUAUGGCUUUCGUAUCGGAAGAAGAAAAAGCAAUACAGCGUUCGGGCCAAAUAUUAAUGAUCCUUUCGCUGGGCAUACUAGCAAUGGACUUACUAGAAACUGCAAUUAACGUUAUAGAGUAAAUACCUUUUGUUCUAUUCUUAGAUGAUAAUAGGCAUUAAUGUUAUAUUACUAAUUAUAUUUAACUUAUAUUUUUUAUACAAAUUUUGGAUUUUUCACAAUCAAUUCCUCAUAUACGGGACUCGUAUUAAUAUUUCGCUUCCUUGGAAUGCCAAUGAGUAUUGAUGAUUAUAUUUCCCAUAGAGAUAUGGAUCCUGUCUUUUUUCUCCAAAACAUUUGGGUAGACAUAGUGGAUAUGCAGGGAUUAAAAAAUUUCUACUGUACUUCUGUGGGUGUUUUAUUUUUCUGUAAUAUAAUGCAAUGAUCUCACGUCUUCUUGCAUAAAAAAUAUAGUAGAUAUAUUGAAAUGCAUCGUAUGUAAUGAAAUAUGCGUGCAAAAAGAUAAAUAUAUAUGGAGUUAAGUACGACCAUGUAGAUUACAAUCAGCCCAUAGUCAUCACCCAUGAGCGAUUAGGCGGUAGGCACAGACAGGAGUUUGUGCGCAUAGGUACAAGUGCUACCGAGGCACAACGCCUCGGUUUCAUAUUUCUCCAGUUAUUGGGCAAUCUAUGAUAUAAUAUGUACUAAUAUAUGCGUAGAAUUACCGGGGUUGGAAGCAUAUGAAUAUCCUACCGCCAAAAAAUUGAGAUAUACUCUCUCCCACCACCUACAACCCCCAUUUUCUUCCUAAAAUGAUCAGGAGCGUCUGAAACGUCAAUAAACGAAGUUCAAGUGA